GCACGACCGCUGCGCUGUCCUGGCUUCCUGCGGUCUGUGUCUCUUCGCUCGCAACUGCUGCCUUGGCUUGGGCGAGCUGGUGUCGCGAGCCUGCGGGGCCGAGGCCGGUGCAUCGGAGUCGGCAGCAGGCGGACCCGGCUUUGCCGGCCGGGGAGGCCGAGGGCCGGGUUGACAGGGGCGGCGAGACCCGGGCCCGGCGCGGCCUCCUAGAUCCUACUGCAUUAGUCCUACAGAUUUUUCCUACCGCAGCGGAAGAUGAACACAUCCUUGGGCCCACUGUCAUUCAAGGAUGUGGCUGUGGCCUUCUCCCAGGAGGAGUGGCAGCAGCUGGACUCUGAGGAGAGGACGACAUACAGGGAUGUGAUGCUGGAGACCUACAGCAACCUCGUCUCCGUGGGGUAUCACAUUAUCAAACCGGAUGUUAUCAUCAAGUUGGAGCAAGGAGAAGAGCCAUGGAUAGUAGAAGGAGCGUAUUCACCUCAGAGCUAUCCAGAUGAGAUCUGGCACGUGGGCAGCCUGAUGGAGGAAGACCAGGGAGAUGAGGAGAACCAGUCAGAUUCAGCUGUGUUCAGCUACAAAAGCCUGCUCGAUGCUUCUAGUGAGGCCAUUGAUGAGGAAACGAAGCUCGUUCCCUCGGGGAAGGUCCUCCCUAAAUGCCGCUCCUGUGCAAAGAGCUUGAUGCGCGUGUCUGCGUUCAUUCGCAGCGAUGGAAGCUAUGCUAAGCUGCAGCCCAACGUGUGCGCCGGGUGCGGGAAGCCCCUUCCUCACAGUGAGCUUGAGGAGACACAUCCUGCAGAUGAGGCUCAGGAGUUUAGUGGAGACGGAGAUGAUGACACUCUAAGCGAAGAAGGUGUUUAUCAGAAGAUUCACUUUUUGGAGAAGCCCUUUGAGUAUGUUGAGUGCCAGAAAUCCUUCCCAAAGGGCGCCGUGUUUCUUAAUCACCUGGAAGAGGAGCCCUGCGACUGGAAUGAGUCUGAAGUAGCUUUUCUGCAGACGUCAGACCUCAGUGCCCACCAGGAUUCUCUCACGGAAAUGAAGCCCUACGAAUGCCAGCAGUGUGGGAAGUCCUUCUGCAAAAAGUCCAAAUUCAUCAUUCAUCAGAGAACUCACACAGGAGAGAAACCCUUCAAGUGCAAUCAGUGCGGGAAGGCCUUCUGCCAGAAGGGAACCCUCACCGUCCACCAGAGGACGCACACGGGGGAGAAGCCCUACGAGUGUACCGAGUGUGGGAAGACCUUCUACCAGAAGCUACACCUUAUUCAGCACCAGAGGACCCAUUCAGGCGAGAAGCCCUACAAAUGUGGCUACUGUGGGAAAUCCUUCUGCCAGAAGACACACCUCACUCAGCACCAGAGGACACACUCAGGAGAGAGGCCCUAUGUGUGUCACGACUGUGGCAAGACGUUCUCUCAGAAGUCAGCACUCAAUGACCACCAGAAGAUCCACACGGGCGUCAAACUCUACAAGUGCAGCGAGUGUGGCAAGUGCUUCUGCCGCAAGUCCACGCUCACAACCCACAUGAGGACACACACCGGCGAGAAGCCAUACGAGUGUAACGAGUGUGGGAAGUUCUUCUCCAGGUUGUCGUACCUCACUGUACAUUACCGGACCCACUCGGGGGAGAAGCCCUACGAGUGCACGGAGUGCGGGAAGACCUUCUACCUGAACUCGGCCCUCAUGAGACAUCAGAGGGUGCACACCGGAGAGAAGCCUUACGAGUGUAAUGAGUGUGGGAAGUUAUUCUCUCAGCUGUCCUACCUCACUGUGCACCACAGAACUCACUCAGGAGUGAAGCCCUACGAGUGUAGCGAGUGUGGGAAGACCUUCUACCAGAAUUCAGCCCUUUGUAGACAUCGCAGAAUUCACCGAGGGGAGAAACCCUACGAAUGUUACAUAUGUGGGAAGUUCUUCUCUCAGAUGUCGUACCUCACCAUCCACCACAGAAUUCACUCAGGAGAGAAGCCCUACGAGUGCAGCGAGUGCGGGAAGACCUUCUGCCAGAACUCAGCCCUCAACAGACAUCAGCGCACACACACGGGAGAAAAAGCCUACGAGUGUUACGAGUGUGGGAAACGCUUCUCCCAGAUGUCCUAUCUCACCAUCCACCACAGGAUCCAUUCAGGAGAGAAACCCUUCGAAUGUGACGAGUGCGGGAAGACCUUCUCCCGGAUGUCCUACCUCACUGUGCAUUACAGAACCCACUCAGGAGAGAAGCCCUAUGAGUGUGCGGAGUGUGGGAAGAAAUUCUACCACAAGUCAGCAUUCAAUAGCCACCAGAGAACUCACAGGAGAGACAGCGGGAAUGGGGUUGAUGUGGGGAGGCUCCUUUAAAGCCAGACUCGAGAGGACCUUCUCGGUCAACUAGAAACUCCUGUCUGCAGUUGAGCCCUGCUGUACACUUGGCCCUCAGUACCCAUAGGUUCCAUCUCCAAGGAGUCAACCCUCCUUAACUACGUAGGAAAAAGGGUUUCUCUGUGCUGAAUAUGUACAGAUUAUUUUUUCUGUUUCUUCCCUAAGUAGUACAAUAUAACAGCUCUUUAUGUUGCAUUUAUAUGGCAUUAAGCAUAUGGAUAACCGAGAGGUGAGUUAGAGUAACGGGAGGAUUCUGUAGGCCGUACACAAUUACGAUGUGAUCUUACAUAGGGACUUAAUCUGCAGACUUUGGUGUCCCGUUGGUCUCAGCAACAUUCCUGCAUACCAAAGGAUACCUCUGUCAGAGAGCACACACAAAUGACCAUGAACAAGUCUUCGUGUGUCUGUGUGAGCUAGAUUCAUCAGAAACUCACAGGGCAGGAAGCACAGCUAGGAAAGAGCACAUGGCAGAGUCUACGGGAGUCAGAGUGGACAAAUGGGGUUCAGCAGAGCUGCAAACUGCUUAUCAGGGAACUGACCCAACGGAAGGCACGUGGGAAGCACACUCCUUUGGAAACUGCUAACACUAAAGGACAAUUUGUAAAAAUUAAAGGAAAAGGGGCUGGAGCGAUGGCUCGGCAGAAGAGCUGACUGCUCUUCCAAAGGUCCUGAGUUCGAUUCCCAGCACCACAUGGUGGUUCACAACCAUCUGCAAUGGGAUCCGAUGCCGUCUUCUGGUGUGUGUGAAAACAGCAACAGUGUACUCAUAUACAAACAUAAAUAAAUUUAAAAAAAAUUAAAAGAAAUACUCUGCUAGAAUAGAAAUUGUCGAUCUGGUUGGCCAAGUUUGCUGCACUAAUCUGGUUUAUGGUUCCCUAGGAGCACAGGGCUUGGGGGUUCUUGUCUGUUUCAGUAUCCAACAAGAAAUCUCAGUUUUAAUCAAGCUUGGAAAAUGUUGUGUUGUUACUUUGUAACAUAUGGUGAGAGUGCCCAUUCUCAGGACGUUUCCCAUCCUGUUACUGUCUUCAUAGGCACUGUCACUGAGUGUUUGGAAGUUAGGAACUAUGCCUUUUCUUCCUUGGGUUAUCGGAUGCAUUUGGUCAUUGUCACAGGAUUCUAUCCUCUAUAAAGAAGCCAGUUUUUCCCCCAACUAUAGCAAACACAGAGAUAUAUCUAUAAAAUAGAAAACUCUGAAUAGAUAAUUUUAAACUCAGCCAGAAGUCUGUAAAGGUAAGAAAUAGUAGUAUUCACUGUACUUUGUACAACUAAGAACCAUACUUAGGGUGUUGUCAUUUCCGUAUGCCAUUGGCUCGCCUUUUUUUACAUGGACGCUCAUGCGUGUGUGGAGCACGGUGUGUGGGUAGCGUGGCACGGCUGUGGCUUUGAAUGUGCUCUGCCCUCCUGUCCCUCGGAAGUGAGAACACACACAGGGGAAUGUGGCAGACUUCACCAGUGCCUUCUGCCGCUCCCUCCUCGGCUUUCGCAAGUCGUCUGAGUGCAUCCCUCCUUGGAUGAUGGGAUGUAACUCCCGAGAAGUUUUCAUUGCUGGGAUGAUCCUUUCUCGUAACCUUGGACCCAAGUCCAGAGAGUUAGAAAAGAUAUCAAAGAUCACUUCUUGAAGAGGUCUUCUCAAAGCAGCAGAACCUUAGUGGACAUCACCUUGUCUGGAUUCAAUGCUUGAUAAUUACUGCCAACCAUGUGUACCUUGUAGCCAUGACUGUUACAGAAUAAUAACCUGGGACCUGAAUGAUGUCACAGAGCCACUAAACCAGUGUGACCUGCAGCCCCUCCAUGUCUAGACUGGGUUUUUUUGUUUGUUUGUUUGUUUUCUAAGAGACUGUUUGUAAACCAGGUGACUUAGGAACAUUCUGCUAAUAACCACAAGACAGCCUACCUGGUGCCGCAGUACACUCUGUAGGAGUUAUGCAAUUCAGAAGCGGACUUUAGGUAAAUCAUUUAUUUUGAUGUGUCAAUAGAGAGAUUUAUUGUCUGUAAAUUUGUAUGUAAAUAAUCAGCAUUGAAAAUGAACUUGA